CCGCAACUCCUCCCCACGCCGUUGCCAGGGCGGCGCGCGGACUCGGCGGGACGGGUGGCGGCCAUGAGCGGGGUGCUGGACGUGCUGUGGGAGGACAGGGAUGUCCGCUUCGACAUCUCCCCGCAACAAAUGAAAAUGAGACCUGGAGAGGUCCUUAUAGACUGCUUAGAGUCUGUUGAAGAUACCAAAGGAAACAAUGGAGACAGAGGCAAACUGCUUGUGACAAAUUUGCGGAUCAUUUGGCGCUCACUGUCGUUGCCCAGAGUCAACCUCUCUGUCGGUUACAACUGUGUUAUAAAUAUAACUACAAGAACUGCCAACUCAAAAUUACGAGGGCAGACAGAAGCUCUGUAUAUAUUGACCAAAUGUAACAAUACUCGGUUUGAGUUCAUAUUUACCAAUGUUGUUCCUGGAAGUCCCAGACUCUUCACUUCAGUUAUUGCUGUGCACAGAGCUUAUGAGACUUCCAAAAUGUAUCGUGAUCUGAAGCUGAGAAGUGCAUUGAUUCAAAACAAGCAACUGAGAUUGUUACCACAAGAACAAAUAUAUGAUAAAGUCAAUGGAGUUUGGAAUUUAUCAAGUGACCAGGGAAAUCUGGGAACAUUUUUUAUUACUAAUGUGAGGAUAGUUUGGCAUGCAAAUAUGAAUGACAGCUUUAAUGUCAGCAUACCAUAUCUACAAAUCCGUUCAAUAAAAAUGAGAGACUCAAAGUUUGGCUUGGCACUUGUGAUAGAGAGUUCUCAGCAGAGUGGAGGAUAUGUACUUGGUUUUAAAAUCGACCCUGUAGAGAAACUACAGGAGGCAGUGAAAGAGAUUAAUUCACUUCACAAAGUUUAUUCAGCUAAUCCUAUAUUUGGAGUGGAUUAUGAAAUGGAAGAAAAGCCUCAACCCCUUGAAGAUCUAACAGUGGAGCAGGUUCCAGAUGAUGUGGAAAUAGAACCUGAUGAACAUAGAGAUGCCUUUGUGGCUUACUUUGCUGAUGAAAACAAGCAACAUGAUCGGGAGCCUGUUUUUUCAGAAGAACUGGGACUUGCAAUAGAGAAGCUAAAGGAUGGAUUCACACUCCAGGGACUCUGGGAAGUAAUGACCUGAUUUAGAUUGGCACAUGUUUGUUUCCUAAGCAGGGAAAAACUCGGUUCUUGCUGCAUUUAGAUCUGUAGAAGAUCAUUUAGAAAUAUCAGAGUAGCAGAGAAAGAACACGCCAAAGCUAAAGAGCAGGCAAAUAUUAUAUAACAAGCCCUCAGGCUAUGUCAUAAAAGCACGGUUACUCAGAAACCUUGUAUGCUUUAGAGCUGGGCAUUUCCUGUGUCGCCUGUGUAAGCACGGGCGAGAGCCGCUGUGCGGGAGGCGCUGCCCCCUGCAGGCCCCGUGCCGGGCACGGCUGUGCCUGUCACACUGGGGCACCUGGGCUCUAGAGCCGUUUGACACGCUGGUAACCUCCGCUCUUUUCAGGACUGGCCUCUUUCUCCCUGCCCUGACAACACAGAUUGGACCAUGGUGUUUCAGACACCAUUUUAUGGCAGGUAGCCACCAUUUUUUUAAUAACUUCAUGGCUUCUUUGUUUGUGUAUUGCCCUUUGGCUGCCAGGACCAGGCACUGCUUGCCAUUUUACACAGCACUAUGUCAGAAGAAGUCUCUUCUUUUCUGCACAUGGAGACCACUGCCUGAGACAGGGCAGUGUGGGGUAUGCAGUUUGAUGCUCAGUUUCAAGUAUUCAUGUAUUUAUACAGAGUGAUGUACUUUCCCAUAAUGAUUGUGUUUGAAUUACAUUUCCAUAACUUGUUUAAUGAUUUGCAACACAGAAAUACCAUCAUAAAGAGAACACUUUGUAUGUAGGCAUAUUGGCUGUGUUAUUGAUAGCUUUCAGCAAAAGCAGUUCUGUUCCAAAUAAUAGCUUUCGUAUAUCAUAAUUUUGCUAAAUGUUCAGCAUGUAUUAUUCCAAAUAUUUAAUUGUAGUCCAGAUAUCCUUUUACAGUUGUUGUUUGUUUGUUUUUGCUAGAGCACUUUUUAAAGCAAUGAUCUAGAAAACAGGGCACAUGCAAAUAGCUUCAGUGUGUGAGUCAUUAGACCUUUUAUGAUGUUAUGUGUUACAGAGAAAUGAGUCAUUUAUUGUUUAAAGGAAGACACAGCUGUUACGUUUUCUAGUGAGAUAAAACCUCUGUGCUGUUUUCUAUAAAUGGAAAAAGUCAAAUGAGCUGUCCUCUCAGCUGUUGUUUCAGCAGCUGACUGUUAAAGUAACUGUGGUGCAAAUGUAGUACUGGUGUUUGUAGAAAAUCUUUCAAAGUAUACUUUAAUGAUAUACAACCUAUAUUGAAAAGCAGUCAUUACUUCAAUAAACUUUGAUAAUAUUAUAUA